AUCAGAGGUGACAGACAUGGUAAGCUAAAGAUUGUGAAGAUCGCUAUGGAACUGAUAACAGUGCAGCUCCAUGAUGCAUUCAUUCAUAUCGAUCGCGAUAUUCAAGAGAGAUGUCUCCCGUUUCUCAAGUAGCACAGCUUCACGAGGCCAAUGCUACGCUCGCCAAGAACAAUGAGAGUUUGCUUAGGGAGAUAGAAACGCCCCAUCUCACGAUCGACCCGGCCUAUCUUGCACAGGCUUCCGAGACUCAAUCGUCGCCUACAUCAACUGCCGGGUUGCAGGGGGUGGGACCUGACCUCACUUUUGAAGCUCUCCUCAUAUUCGAUAGUGUCUGCCCAUGCCGUGUUCUCCAUCUUGAUCUGCCACAGCCUUGCGAUUGAUCCGGGUGUCCGCCUUGCGAGCUCCUUUGUAUUGGCGGGCGAUGCUCGCAGUCUCAAAUGUUGGUGGCUCUAGAAGCGAUUCACAGCUGUCGUAGCCGGCAGGCUUGUGACGACCAAGUAUGUAGGACCGAAGAGUCUCGAAACAACUCCUCCAUUUACUCCCACGACGAGAAGGAGUUGUUGGGGAGAUCCACACGACAGGACACAUGCUUGCGGAUUGGUAUCGAGAAGAGUGUGGUUGUGUGUUCAACCUACUUCAAAGCUCAGCACGACGAUUGCUUAGAU